UUGCAGGUUAUGAAGAAUAAUGACACUGACAUCACAUGUCGAAAAUGAGUUUGGCAAGGACAGCGUUUUCUAAUUCUACACAACUGUUUUCAUCUGCUAGCAGAGCAGUAUAUCCUGGUUAUGUACAAAGUUGUAACAGGAGGGUAUGGCUGAAUUUCUUGAGAAGAAAAAUUGAAAACGAGGAUCCAAAACCACUGGAACAUGAAUCACAGUCUGUUGUCCAGUUUGACAAUUAUACCAAGGACAAUUUAAAGAAAAGAACGUCCAUUCAAACGCAGCGAGCCUACACACCCCCUGAAAAUCUGGAAGAGACAGUGCUUCAGAUUGUAAGGAGGGUGUAUGGAAAAGGAGUGGACUGGCGGGAAAUAGAUUUAGACCAGGACAGACGUACGAAGUUUACAGUUCUUACCAGAAUGAUGAAGGAAUUUGACCAUUAUAUUCCCAAUACUGAGUUACAUGAUAUGAAGACUAUAGAUCAAGCUGUGGAAUUCUUCAAGAAGGAAGUGAGAGACACUACAUGUUUGGAAGAUUUAACAAAACUAGACUUGCCCAAAAACCUUCAUAUAAACACGGAAUACAUUCGCUACAAUCGUGAUGAAGAUUCGCUGUGGCCUGGGAAAGAUGCUUUUCCGGGAAGACAAACCAGAGUUUUUAGUACCAAAUUUUCUAAAAAAUAUAAGGUUGUUGAUAAAUCUAAAGACAAAUAUAGAUACAAUUUCAACAGGAAAACAAUCUUUGAGGAACAAAAGGAGUACGUUAACAGAAUUGAAAAAGCUUCAUUUGGAAGAUGAUUAGAAUUCCUACUGUCUUUUUCGUUGUUUUAUGUAAAGAUUAUGAUGGCUGUAAAUAGAUUUAUCAUACAAUGAAA